AUCUGCCUAGCCCCGAAUCUCAGCAGUUCAGUACAGCUGAGGCAUCUCAUCUCAUCUAUAUAUAGUCCGCAUUACACCCACAAUUAUCAUAAAACAAGUUUACCACAGCUACCUUUACCGCACCCAGCUCUCCAACAUCCACCCCAACCAUGGCUAGCCGCUCACUGGGUUUCCUCAUUGCCAUCCUUGCCUGCACCUGUGCGGUUAGCGCUCUGGCAGCACGCGACCUCACAGACGAUCUGUCCAUGGUCGCGAGGCACGAGCAGUGGAUGGCCAAGUAUGGCCGCGUGUACAAUGACGUUGCAGAGAAAGCACAGAGGCUGGAGGUGUUCAAGGCCAAUGUCGCGUUCAUCGAGUUGGUCAAUGCAGGGAACGACAAGUUCUCGCUUGAGGCCAACCAGUUCGCUGAUAUGACCGUCGAUGAAUUCAGAGCUGCCCACACUGGAUAUAAGCCGGUCCCUGCUAACAAGGGCCGGACGACCCAGUUUAAGUAUGCGAAUGUCAGCCUUGACGCCCUUCCAGCGUCCAUGGACUGGAGAGCGAAAGGUGCAGUCACUCCAAUCAAAGAUCAAGGACAAUGCGGGUGUUGCUGGGCCUUCUCCACGGUGGCGUCCGUGGAGGGCAUCGUCAAGCUGAGCACUGGGAAACUGAUCUCACUGUCAGAGCAGGAGCUCGUGGACUGCGAUGUGGACGGCAUGGACCAGGGCUGUGAGGGUGGGCUCAUGGACAAUGCUUUCGAGUUCAUCAUCGAUAACGGAGGCCUCACCACCGAGGGAAAUUACCCUUACACCGGCACCGAUGACAGCUGCAAUUCCAACAAGGAGUCCAAUGACGUCGCAUCCAUCAAGGGGUACGAGGAUGUGCCGUCUAACGACGAGACGUCCCUGCUCAAGGCGGUGGCCGCACAGCCUGUCUCCAUUGCUGUCGACGGUGGGGACAACCUCUUCCGUUUCUACAAGGGCGGGGUACUCUCUGGUGCAUGCGGCACAGAACUUGAUCACGGCAUUGCCGCGGUCGGGUACGGCAUAACGAGCGACGGGACGAAGUUUUGGCUGAUGAAGAACUCAUGGGGCACAUCGUGGGGUGAGAAGGGGUUCAUCAGGAUGGAGAGGGACAUAGCCGAUGAGGAAGGCCUUUGUGGACUCGCUAUGCAACCUUCCUACCCGACAGCAUAGAUGUGCUUCCGCUUAUAUUUUUCGUAUAGCUUGUUGUGAUCACCUGUGAAGCCUACGCCUGUGUAUAAAUAUAUACCACCUGUUCUUAUAAAUGUUCAUAUAUAAAGUGUGAGAACAUAGUUAUGUGAAUAAA